AUGGGAGGCGUGGCAGUCGUGAAAGAUACCUACAUUUGGAUGAGCAGUGGUAAUAGUCUCUAUGCUGUGAAGUUAUCUGACGUUCGUAAUAGCAUGUCAACCAAUGUCCCUUCGACCAUCAACAUUGCUAGAACAAAGUCACUUUCCCAUCAAGCGACUUCGCUUUCUUAUGACAGUCGAGAUAGCAGAAUUUGGGUAGUUGACAGUAGUAGUCAUAAAGUUCAUUCCUAUGACUUGAAUCCAUUUGGUGGUGUGUUGGUACAAAAGGAAACCCACGAGACUGGCCAAUACACGCGUGGCUUCGCGAUUGUUCGACAGUUCGGCGUAAAAUACGCUGCCGUGGCUAAAUGUGCGCUGGUUGCCGGAUACCAAUGCAAGCUUGAAUUCCAUAACGUCAACAGUGCUGUUCUAGAUGAAUCGACUGUUCUCAGAGUUGUGCGAACACCCACUGGCCUAGAAGGUAUCCAGACUGUGGACUCAGAACACCUCGUGACCGCCUUCUCAAGCGGGUCAUUUUGGGAGAAGGACAAGAUCGAACGAAUAGCUGGCGAUUUCGAAGACAGGUUUUUCAAGUUUAAGGUACCGAUUCUUACAACCGGUUUCGAUAUCACGGAGAAUUGCGUGUAUCUGAAAGUCGCUUUCGAUUGGAUUAUCCCAGCGAAGCGUCUGUUUCCUCUCGGCGAGAUGAAGUGUGGGGAACGUAGAAAACGGAGCGCUCUAGAGAAAGCGUUGGAUGCUGAUGUAUACACCGAGGAACUUGAGAGGCAUAAGAGGAUACGACGUCAAACAACCGAAAAUGUAGCUUGCUCUUGGAAUUUGGAAGGGGAACCCAAAAAAGGUUUGUUUUGCAUUUAACGGGUACUGCCAAGCUAAACUAAACCUAAAGUUAGUAAAGUAAAACUAAGUAAAACUAAACAUCAACUGGUGAACUAACAUGCGUGUAAGGCUCUAUGCCAUCUAUGUUGAAAUACUCAUCAAAGCUAUUAUUUUGUUAAUCUAGAGUUUGAAAUAUCCCCAGCAACGCUCUCUUCAACUCUCAUCGUCGUUCGACCAGGACUUAACAUCAUUUGUACUGAGUAUCUCUGUCAGUUCUAAACUGUUCUCCCAAAUGCGGUUCGUUAUUCAGUUUUGUUACUAGAGAAAGAAACUUAAACUCAGCUACCCUUAUUUUACCUUAUUUACACGGAAUAAAAUUGCGGUUGCCAUAAAGUAUUUUAAUAAAACACAAAACAAUAGACACUCCGAAAAAAAAAAAAAUUUUCGGAAUGUCUAUUGUUUUUGUUUUAUUAUACUGAAUACCUUUAUCAGUUUUAAUCUGUUCUGUUUAGAGGUUUCUAAAGGCCCAUCUUUUACUUGUCCGGGAGAGACCAGAGUACUCAAAGAUAAUCUAUUCUGUCUGGCGGAAUGAAACUACGGUGCCUUUCUCACGUGCGAAUUAUAAUCAGACAACUGUAUAUUGCAAGAGUUGGGGCCAGAUAUAAUAGAUAAAAGGACACAUGUAAUAGAUAAAAGGGCACAUGUACUCAUCAAACCACACAUCAAAGAGAAUGUUUUAUAAAAUAUAAACGUUGAAUAACAACAGCAAUAACAACAGCAAAAAGUACACCAGCACAAGCGACAGUAGCAAACGCAACAACUUUAAAAAUAGUAACACUACGAGCAAAACCAACAGCAACAACAACAGGACAACGACAGCAACAACAGCAGCGACAACGGCAGCAGCAACAACAACAACAACAACAACAACAACAACAACAACAACAACAACAACAACAACAACAACAACAACAACAACAACAACAACAACAACAACAACAACAACAACGACGACGACAACAACAACAACAACAACAACAACAACAACAACAACAACAACAACAACAACGAAGAAGAAAGUAG